AUGUGGAAACUUUGCCUUAAUUUCUGUUAUCGAGCACUUCUGGUUCUAUGCUACUACGUUUUGUUGUCUUUGUCCGAGUCUUUUGCAAGCUUAAUGCUUCUUUUUAACUUUAAUCUGUCUAUGCUAGGCCCCAAUAUGAGUGCGCGGCCGGCCUUAACUGGAGAGUACAAAUUAUCGAACAGACCAUUACAGCAGUCCACAGAAUUGCUCAAGAUUCAGGUGGCUCUUGCACAAAAGGCUGGUGUAAACGAAAAAAAAAUAAUGAAUAAUAAGAUUGUUCACAAGAAACUCAAGCUGGACCUGCGUUUUAAACCACCACGUUGUGCCAAAGCUUCUCACAGUAAAAACCAAGGCAAAACCAGAAAGCACACAUGGUUUUUCUAUGCAGCCAUCAACACCAUACAAGUAACCAAACAUGUCUUCCCCGCUAAAAUGGGACCGUAUACCGUUUUCUUAUCUUUCUUCGAAGCCUCGGUUUCUGCCCCCGUAUACAGGCUUACUCCACACUCUUGUUCUCGCUUCAUCCACCUAAGAAAGAGAACGUCCAUGUCAGUGCUUUCUAACCCAGCAUACCGGCCAAUUCUCGAGGCGCUUCGGUCGUCGCGUAAUGGUGUGGUGUACGGUGGAAAGAUCCGUUUUUCCCAUGCGUUGGUGAUCAACUUGUUGUAUCGCUCAGGCCCCAUGGGACCUCGUUUAAAGCAGGUGCUUAAAGCCACCAAAGAACAUUCGCUUGUCUUGGCCGCGUUUGCUAUUGUCUACAAAACAGUGCUUAAUAUUUUGCGGCAGGAAAAGCUCUUGGGCUCGAAACAGGGCUUUUCCAAGUUGAUUGCUGGCGCAGUGGGGGGUUGGAUCGUAUACUCGCAGCACUUCUCGGCUUUCAAUCCAGGAAUCACUCACCAAAUCACAUUGUACUGUUUUUCACGUGUGUUGAUUGCGGUGGGGAAAAUCUUGCUCGACUUGCUUUUGGAGUGUCGCCAGCCAAAGUUCAAGAUCCAUGGCGAGCUGGUGUUGUACCGAGACUUGAAUGACGCUCAGGCUCGUAGACUAAAGAGCAAUAUCUAUAACAAAUCCUGGAAAUACUUUGCGGUGGCUACUUGGGCCUUGGUCAUGUUCAUCUAUGAUUACAAGCCUCAAUACUUGCAGUCUUCGUUGAGGCAUUCCAUGGCUUAUAUAUACGAUGUGGAGAUGGACACAUGGCCAACAUGGAGGGAUUUUAUAGGGUUUUAA